UCACAAGCAGUCAUGUUGUCCAUGCUGCUCAGGCUGUUUUGUAGGGACAAUACAAUACAACCAGAGACCAGACCUAGGCAGAAGGCAUUCUGUAAAGCAGGAAGAAGGAGAUGGCCCUGGGGAAGACACAGGUCUGUUGGGAAAGAGUCCUCCCAAGCCUACACCAUCAGUGAGGAGGAGCAGAGAGUGAAGAGGUUGGAGAAGCUCAAAAGGGACCUUGAAAGAAUGAGUAAUGAGAGAGACGAACUCCGGGGAAUCCUGGCACAUUAUAUUAACAAGGAUUUGAACAAGAGGUUCAACUUUGAGACCAUGAUGCUGGAGAUGCAACACGACCAGGUGAUGAGCGAGCUCAAAAACAUUCCGCAGCAGAUCAGUGAGGCCUUGUAUAUGUGCCAGGAGUUGACUAAAAAUAAUCAACUUUACAGCAUCAGGAACUGUCACCUCCUGACAGAAUCUCUUCAUAUGAAGAAUGAAGUAAAAAUGCUCUGGAAUGAAAACAGGCAGCUGCUUAAGGAGCAGAUUACACUGGACGUGUGUUUUAAGGAAACAAGGAGGCUAUGUGUGGAGGCCAGCAUGAAGAUCUAUGACAAAUUUUCCAAGCAUAUCCAAUUCUUAGAGAUAUUUUCUUUUUGGUACAAACCCUAUGACAGGCGGAAUAUUAAAUUCAGGAUGCUUUAUUUACAACAUGAGAAGACAACGAUGAACAUGCAGAAAAUGACCAGCAGGAUGUGUGAUGCCAUAGAGAAUUGCAAGAAGCUGAUUGAAGAGAACUAUUCCUACAGGAGAUCUGCUCUAACCAGGGACAUAGAUAAGAAACCCAUCGCAAUACCUAUGCCAGCUGAGAACCCUGCAGAAUCCAACAUCAAUGGCAUCUAUCCUGCUCUGCUUGAUCCCAAUGGUUCUUCCAGUUUUCACAUUCCUCUGCAACUGAGUAAGAUCCUCCCCUUGUAA